AUGGCUUUGAGAUCGAGACGGCUACAGUUCCGGCAUUUCCAUGUCUCUUUUCCGCACGAGCGGGUGGUCCAAGUGACGUUGGACCGACCGGACAAGCUCAACUGCAUCGACAAGGCAACAAGCAACGAGAUCAGGGAGAUCUGGGAGGAAUUCGACCAAGACGAAAGCCUAUGGGUUGGCAUCAUCACAGGCUCUGGGCGGGCGUUCUGCACCGGAGCUGAUCUGCACGAAUGGAACGCGAUGAACGAAGCCGGGGUGGUCAACGACAUGGCGGCGCCCGGGCUUGCUGGGCUGCCGCGGCGGAGCGGCAAAAAACCCAUCAUCGCCGCGGUCAACGGCAUGACAAUGGGUGGGGGCUUCGAGAUGGUGGCCAACUGCGACGUCGUGGUGGCCUCGUCGUCGGCGGUUUUUUCACUGCCCGAGGGCAAGCGUGGGAUCGUGCCUGUGGCAGGCUGUCUGCCGCGGCUGACGCGGACCCUGGGGCUGCAGCGCACCUCGGACCUCGUCUUGACGGGCAGGAAAGUCAGUGCCCAAACACUGUACGAGUGGGGCCUGGUCAGUCAAGUGGUUGACGACGGCGCCGACGUGGUGCAAGCGGCGGUGCAGCUUGCGCAGGACAUGUGCGCCAACAGUCCGGACGCGCUGAUUGUCGGCCGGCUCGGGAUCCGAUUGAGCUGGGAAGCGGACAGCGUGGAGGAGGCAGUGUCGGUGCUGGAAGACCAGUGGUACCCGCGCCUGGUCGAGGGACCCAAUUUUGCCGAGGGCAUCAAGGCGUUUGUGGAGAAACGGGCGCCGACCUGGGUCAACUCGAAGCUGUGA